AUGUCGACUUCCCAGGUGAACGGCGAAGCACGCCAGCUCGUCUGGCUGAUCACAGGUACCUCAUCCGGGUUCGGGAAGAGGCUAGUCAAGUCCGUCCUAUCACGAGGCGAUCGAGUCAUCGCCACCGCCCGAUCCCUCGAUAAACUCUCCAAGACAUUGCUUCAUGAGAUACCCGAGUCGUUGAAUGAGAAUCUAAAGGCUCUCGAGCUCGAUAUCACGGAAGGAGAAGCCUCCUUGAAAGCUAAAGCCAAGGACGCUGCGUCGUAUUGGGGUCGAAUCGACGUUCUAGUAAACAACGCAGGAUUCGGACUUCCAGGGUUCUUUGAGGAAGGGGGGUCAACCCUCUUCCGAAGGCAAUUCGAAAGCAAUGUCUUCGCGAUGGUGGAUAUGGUCACCGUAACAUUGCCGUAUAUUCGUGCAAGUAAAGGGACCAUCGUGAAUGUGGGAAGUCGGUCUGCGUGGAAGACCGAGAUUGCGGGAUUAGGCAAGAUCCUUAUUUUAUACGAAACACUAGCCGUAGAAGUCGCCCCCUUCGGCGUCAAAGUCCUCAUCGUCGCUCCCGGCGCUUUCAGGACAGAAGGCAUCUACGGCCAAUCCUACGUCCAAACCCAAUCCCUCCCGGAAUACGACGAAGCUCGUGAACUGAGCAUCAAGCGCUUCAAGUCUGUACCCGGAACAGAGAAAGGAGACCCCGCCAAAGGGAUGGAGAUCUUGGUGGACGUGGUAAGAGGAGAGGGCAAAGCGAGAGGGAAGCCGUGGCCUGGGUACCUGCUACUGGGCGAGGAUUGCUUGAAUGAUCUUAAUUCGAAGGCGGCAAAGUUGGUUAACAUCGCGGAGGACUGGAGGGAGAUUAGUUCGGAUGUCAACUUUGAUAGUUAG